UUCCCCAUCUGUGAAGUGGGAACAGUUCUGCACGGUGGAUGCUGGACAAGGUGGCACGUGUCGGGCCUGCCUGCCCUGUGGGGGUUGCUCAACCAGACGCCGCCCGGACUGUUGUCCUAAUUACUGCUGUUGCUACUGCCAGUCAUCCGAGUGGGAAGGAGAGGCUGAGGGAGUCCAGGAAGCCCCAAGGAGUUCACAGCCACCCUGGAAAACUGGUCCAGCCGGUGUCUGAGUCCGUCCCGGGCAGCACGGGCGAAGCUCGGGAGCCUGUGGAAAGUGGGCGCUGGGGCUCGGCCGGCCUCGGCCAUGUCUCCAAGGGACCCCCAAGGUUCCCGCUGAGCUGGCCCACUGCAGACAGCCAGGGCCCAGCCCUCGGGCCCCCUCCGUGCCCAGCAGGUGACCCCUUGGUAUCUCCACAGGACGCCAAGAUGGAGACUCCCGUGGGGGCCCAGUGCUGCUUCUCAAAGGGCCUCCUGCUCUCAGCCUCCAUCUUGGUCCUCUGGGCCCCCCAAGGCUCCUGGGCUGCCCUCCACAUCCAGAAGAUUCCAGAGCACCCUCAAAAGAACCAGGAUCUUCUCCUGUCUGUCCAGGGCGUCCCAGAAACCUUCCAGGACUUCAACUGGUACCUGGGGGAGGACGCCUACGGCGGCACGAGGCUCUUCACCUACAUCCCGGGGCUGCAGCGGCCCCAGAGGGACGGCAGCGCCAUGGGGCAACGAGACAUCGUCGGCUUCCCCAACGGCUCCAUGCUGCUGCGUCGCACCCAGCCCGGUGACAGCGGCACCUACCAGGUCGCUGUCACCGUCAACCCCGCCUGGACCAUGCGGGCCAAGACUGAGGUUCAGGUGGCCGAAAAGCAUCAGGAACUGCCCAUUACACAACUGCCUAUGAGUGCUGGGAUCAUGGCCGCCAUCAUCAUUGGAUCUCUUGCUGCCGGGUCCCUCUUCAUUGGCAUCAUUGCCUACAUCCUGGUGACAAGAGGCUGGAGGAGCCAGAGCCACAGAGCAUCCGCUCCUGGAGCCCAGGGGUCUUUGUCGGCCUUGUUCCCGGCUGUGCCCCCAGUGCCUUCAACGAUGCCCACGGUCGGGGUUCCGACAACGGAGAAGCGGGAGCUGGGCCCCAGUCGUAACCCUGGUGACAACAACAUCUAUGAAGUGAUGCCGUCUCCGGUCCUCCUGGUGUCCCCCCUCAGUGACACGGGGCUCAUGAACAUGGCCACGCCCCCAGCCGUCCCCCUGCCCCCACCACCGGAGCCAGAGAGCCACCACUACCAGGACCUGCUGAACCCCGACCCUGCCCCUUACUGCCAGCUGGUGCCAGCCCCCUGAAGGGGUCCCGGGCCAGGCAAAGCCUCGGCCAUCCCCUGGUGGCCUCGUACCUGCAGAAAAGUGACACUGCAGACCCAACAGGACCAGGCCAUCGGGGCUGUGGGGCUGACAAGGUGGACCCGGCCAGAGACUCAGUGUGGCACUGGGCAGGCGUCCUGGGUGAGGGACAGGAGACCGUGACGGGCCCAGCUCCUCGCUCCCCCUCUGAGUGUGCGACUCGCCCUUCAGACUGGUCCUGCCAGCACCCUGGCCUGGGCCGCGUGCCUGCAAAAAGCCAGCUCUUACCGCCCCCGCCCCAAAGCCCCGCAUCCAGCUAUUUCGGGGCGGGGAGGGUAGUCUUGGGCCUGCCUCCAGCCGGGCCUCACAGGCGCCCACCUGGCUGGGCUCCCAACUGUUGGCCCACAACACUCCACCCCGACUCUGCCGGUUGCCCUCAGAGCCCCUUCUCCAGGGACGAGGCAGCCCCCGCCCCCACCACACACGCCCCAGAGGUCAAGGUCCGCCAGUGACCCCGGCUGCCAGACCCCUUCCCCUCUUGGGCAGAUCCAUCCCUUCUCUACUCCCCCCACCCCUGCUCCCAAAUGCGGGCCCAGUCUGCCACCCCUUACUUUAUUCAUUCAGUCAGCAACAAAGAGGCUGUGGGCCACACACUAUUCUAGAUCCCACAGCUUAGCCGGGGAAGGAAAUGGACAAAACCUCCUGCUCUCCCAGACGGACACUCUGGCAGGAGAGAGAGUCAGGAAACGAAAUAAAUCACUAACCUUCGUGGUGUGUUGUGUAGUGAUAAGUGCACUGGGCAAAUAAAGAGAGGAGGUGGGUGGGAGUGUUGGGGGAUGGAGGUUAUUAAAUAGGGAGGGCAGAGAAGGCCUCACUGAGAAGGGGACAAUGAGCCAAGACCUGAAGGAGGAGAGGAGGAAGCCAUGUGGGGAUCCAGGGAGAGCAUUCUGGGCAAAGAGAAUGGCAAGUGCAAAGGCCCUGGGGUAGGGGUGUGCCUGGUGUGUUCAAGGAGGCCAAGGUGGUAGAGAGCAGAGGAAGGAAAGGGGAAAGGGAGGGAGAUGGGGCGGGGUGGAUGGAGGAAGGGACCAGAAGCAGAGGCAGCACAGAGUCAGAGGGAUCUGGUGUGAGAGAGAUUCCACUGGCCCUCGCUGGCUUUGAAGACAGAAAGGGGCCAGGAGCAGAAGCUUCUAGAAGCUGGAGAAGGCAAGAAAACAGAUUGUCCCCAGGGAACCUCCAGAAAGCCAUGCAGCCCGGCUGACACCUUGAUGUGGGCCCGGGGAGACCUAUUUGGGACUUCUGACCUCCAGCAUGUAAGAGAAUAAAUCC